UUUUUCUGGCAUUUCAUUUACUAUAUACUCUGCUCUUUUUUUGACUAAGGUAAUAAUGGAGCCCAAGAGCAGAGCAGUUGGUGGCACCGAACACAGUUGGUGUUCAGCCGUGCCCGGCGGCACCGGCAUUGCUGUUUUGGCCAUCCUCACCUCAAAAGUUUCGGAGCUAUUACCUCUCCAAAACGCCCUCCAGAAACUCCAACAUUCCCAUCCUAUCCUUAUGUCAAGACUCCUUUACAACCCUGCUUUGAACACUGCUAGUCCCUUCUCUUUUAUCACUUCUCCUAAUGCUUUUAUUCAACUCAAAACAUUUGAUCUCGCAUCAACUUCUGAUAUUCUUGAACAUUGUCGUUUAAAUGCCGACCCCGAAACCGAACCAAUCUCUCCCUUUCAUGUGAUUAUGGAGCAUGAGCUGAACCUGAACAGCUGGUGCAGUAGUACUGAUAUUAGCAGCAAAAGUGACUUGUUUUAUGCCACCAACUAUGCUUUGGAGGAUGGGAAGUGGGUGCUGGUGCUCCGGCUUCACGUAUCGGCCUGUGACCGGACCACCGCUGUGUCAUUGCUGAAAGAGUUGUUGAUGUUAGCAAGUGGAGAGGAGGGUGGUGGAGGAGGUGUAGAGAAGGAGAUGUGUAGCAAAGAAGAGGUUGGUUUGGGAAUUGAAAGUCUGAUUCCUAAUGGGCUGGCUAAGAAGGCUCUAUGGGCUCGUGGGAUGAAUAUGGUUGGUUACUCUGUGGAUUCACUUCGGCUGUCCAACUUGAAAUUCAACGAUGUCAAAUCACCAAGGUAUUCUCAAGUGGUGAGGCUGCAGAUGGACCAGUUCGAGACUGAGAGGCUUGUCACUGGUUGCAAAGACAGAGGAAUCAAACUAUGUGGAGCACUAGUUGCUGCUGGACUAAUUGCUGCUCAUAGCUCUAGAAGUCAUAAAUAUUAUAAGCAGAAGAAGUAUGGAGUUGUAACCCUCACGGAUUGCCGUUCAAUUUUGGAGCCUCCCCUGUCCAGUCAUAAUUUUGGAUUUUACCAUGCCGCCAUCAUGAACACACAUGUCAUGAAAGGAACAGAAAAGCUAUGGGAAUUAGCGACAAAAGCAUACAUGUCCAUGGCAAAUUCCAAGAAGAGCAACAAGCACUUCUCAGAUAUGGCAGACCUGAACUUCCUCAUGCGCAAGGCCGUUGAAAGCCCUGGACUGACCGCCGCAUCCUCCUUGAGAACAUCAGUCAUCUCAGUCUUUGAAGAUACCGUGGUCGAUGACACUCGCAAAACCCUAAAAGAGGCGGUUGGGCUUGAGGACUACAUGGGCUGUUCUUCGGUCCAUGGCAUUGGGCCUUCUAUUGCUCUCUUUGAUACGAUACGGGACGGACGGUUGGACUGCGUUUGCGUUUAUCCGGCGCCGUUGCAUUCGAGGGAACAAAUGGUUGAGCUGGUCGGGAAUAUGAAGAGGGUUCUUGUGGAGGGCUGCAACGACGUCGUAGUGUGAGAAUAAGGGAUUUGGUAUUGUAGUGGGCUUUGGGCUUUCUAACCAUUUGCUUAUGCACUUAUGCAGUAUGGGCAUCGACAUAUAAAACCCAUUAAUUUUUAUAGUUUAUUUUAUUUGGCAUGAUAUAUUAUUAAGACAAAACUCUGUGUCUGUAUGGGCGUUAUAUAUAUAUUAAAAAAUGAAGAAAACUCUAUCCUGCACUGUGGUGUUCUUAUCCA